UUACGUCGAAAGGAAUGGAAUGGAUUGCUAGGCAGAAAAAAAAAAUGGCGGAAGUCCAGCGACACAGCUUAGAGAAAAACAGUGUCAGUUUUAAUGGAUUAUGGAGAGCGUGUGUCCGAGUGAGGAUGUUUUUUUUUAUUUGUAUGCUUUUAGUCGAACCGGGACGAGCUACAACUCACUGGGUCGUGACAGAAGACGGAAAAAUCCAGCAGCAGGUGGAUUCCCCGCUUAACCUGAAACACCCACAUCAUCUCGUCCUUUUCAUGCAGCAGGAGACUCGUGUCAACUACCUCAAGAAAUUAGAGAAGCAGCUAGUCGCUCAGAAAAUUCACAUUGAAGAGAACGAAGACCGUGACACUGGAUUAGAACAACGUCACUAUAAAGAGGAUGCUGACUGCGUCACAGCUAAAGUUCCUCUCGGGGAUCUGGACCUCUAUGACGGCACCUUUAUAUCCCUGGAGAGUAAAGGCAUAAAUCCUGAAGAUUAUGUGGAUUAUAUGUCACCUUUACCUUCAGACCUGGAAAAGCCCGAGUGUGUAGAAAUUCUCGAGCUCCCUUACAGUAUUCAUGCAUACCAGCAUUUGAGGGGUGUGCAGGAGAAAGUAAACCUCACAUCACCUUUGCUGUCAAAGGAUGACCCUAUCUUCGAUUCUUUACCCCAUAAGCUGGGUCAUCGCAUGGAUGAGGUUGGCCAUAGAAUACACCACGGUCUUCUGAGGAAUUCCUCCUCCUGGGUGCUUUACAAUCUGGCCUCUUUCUACUGGCGUAUGAAGAAUGAGCCAAGGAGAGCUGUGGACUGUGUCAUCCGCGCGCUGCACUUCUCUCCCAGGCAGCACAAGGAUGUAGCCCUUGUCAACUUGGCAAAUAUCCUCCACCGAGCUCACUUCUCAGCAGAUGCCGCCAUCUUGGCUCAUGCUGCCCUGGACCACACGACUGAUCUGUUUACCAGUCACUACACACUUGGCAACAUCUAUGCUAUGUUGGGGGAGUAUAAUCACUCAGUGCUCUGCUACGAGCAGGCUCUGCAGGCUCAGCUGGGCUUUGAGCAGGCUCUGAGGAGGAAGCACGCCGUCCUGUGUCAGCAGAAGCUCGAGCAGCGGCUCGAGGCUCAGCACCGGUCUCUUCAGCGCACUCUGAAUGAGCUAAAAGAGUACCAGAAGCAGCACGAUCAUUACCUGCGGCAGCAGAGCAUGCUGGACAAGCACAAGCUGAUCCAAGAGGAACAGAUUCUACGCAACAUCAUCCAUGAGACACAGAUGGCCAAAGAGGCACAGCUCGGUAACCACCAGAUGUGUCAUCUAGGUCAGCAGCAGCACAGCCUGUUCUGUCCGUUUGACUUACCUGUCCGUUAUCAUCGUGGAGAUCUGUUUGAGAACAUACACUACAUCCAGUUUGGUGAGGAGGUGUCUGUAGCCAGCAGCGUGGCUCUGGUGUCAGAGCUGAGUGUGAACGAGAGUCGAAGCCCACAGCCAUACUCCACCGUGUCUGGAGGAGACGUACCAGCAGCACACUGGGACAAGCAGUCCUCCUCUAACGCUGAAACCCAUAACAUGCUGUGGCCGAGAAGUUCAGACUGUGCUCAGAGUUUUCCCUCCGUUCCCUCUGCGAACCUACUGCCCACCUUCUUCCUCCCCCCUGAGAGUCAUGGCAUCAGGGGAAAGAGUAGCCUGUAUGUGAACAGGAGUCCCCCAGUCUCUGUCGAAACCCCGGACUGCAGUUUAAAAGGUCAACUUUUGCCUGGUGACCCUCUGACCUCUGUAGCCUGGGCCUUGGAAGGGAAACAGCUGCCGGACCAGCACGCCACUCAGGUGUUGCUGAAGCGUAGUGAUGGGUGGACGAUGGAACAAAUAGGUGUGAUGAUAUCAAGUACUUUAGAGAAGAUGAAUGUACCACGGUGGCUGGUUCAAAAUGAAGCUGGGCUCUUUUGGCGAGCUCAGGGAAACGGUACACAGGCUCUGCAGUGUCUGCGCCAGGCCCUGCACUCAGCUCCACCUCAGAACAAAAACGUGCCGCUCGUCAACACAGCCAACCUGCUGCUCCACUACGGCCUGCACCGUGAAGCUCAGGAGCUCCUGCAGCAGGCCAUGGAGAUCAAUGCCUCAGAGCCUCACACUCUGCUGAGCAUGGUGAGUGUGCAGCUCUCUCGAGGGAACCUGACCGGUGCAUUGACCCUGUUCCGACACGCCCUGUCUCUGAGUGGCAGCUGCAGCCAGUGCCGUGCCAGUCUGCCUCUGCUGCGCUGCCUGCAGUUCUACCCUUUCCUCUACAAGCUCCACCACCACCAGGCCUGUCAACAUGGUUCAGGUUGUGAGAGAGCAGAGGACAUUGAGGUGGAAGACUGGGAAUCCGAGGAAAGGCAAGAAACUGGAAACACGGAUGCCAUGCCUGGAUCUGCGUUAAAGGACUCACUCCUGUUUGAGAAAGUAGUGGUAGACAGUAAUGGUUCAGGAGAGGUGGGCCAGCAGGAGCGAGGGGAAGAUAAGAAAGGAGCGCUGGAAGGAGAAGAACAGUGGCAGUUGCAUGAGGAGCUCAUGGGAGCAUUUGAAGGAGCGCUGGAUGUGAGCGGGAAGCGUGGAGACCUGCGAGGGAUCCGUGUUCUGAAAAACGACAGAGUGAUGGGGGCCAGUAACGAUGGCGCCUGCUUUGGGAACUGCGAGGAUGAUGAUGGAGCAGAAUGGAUCACAUUCCAGGUGAAGCGAAUGCGAAAGCCCAAGCCAGAGGUUUCUGAGAGCUGGGCAGGUGAAGAGGAUUCCUCUCCGAGUGACUCCUCAGCAGCACACUCCAUCCUGGAGAUCAGCGGCCCGACCAUCCCUUCCCCUGGACCUUCAGGAAAGUGGAAAGACUACAGCAGCCUGGGCUGGCCAGGACCAGAGGAGUGUCAGCGCACACGGCGGGUAGACCUCACUACUGUUGCAAGCACCUGGCUGGCUGUGUCUGCCAAAAAUAUCGACAUCACAGAACAUAUAGACUUUGCCACUCCGCUGCAGGAGCCGGCUGCAGAGCCGGUGUGCAAUGCUAAUCUGCCUGCCAGCAUGCACACGCUAGACCAUCUGGGGGGAGUGGCCAACCGCGGCAGCAUCCACUAUACUGGAGAGAGUCAGCUCAAAGAGGUGCUGCAAAAUUUGGGAAAGGAUAAGUUUUUGCCGCAGUCCUUUGAGCAAGUGGGAACCCGCUUGGCCAAAGUCUUGGAAAAGAACCAGACCUCGUGGGUUCUGUCCAGCAUGGCAGCGCUGUACUGGAGAGUGAAGGGUCAGGGGAAGAAGGCCAUCGAUUGUCUGCGUCAGGCUCUAAACUGCGCUCCUCACCACAUGAAGGAUGUUCCCCUGAUCAGCCUGGCUAACAUCUUCCAGAACGCCCGUCUGUGGGAGGACGCGCUCACCGUGGCCCGCAUGGCCGUAGAGAUCGCACCUCAUUUCGUUGUAAACCAUUUUACUCUUGCUAAUGUCUACAUAGCGAUGGAAGAGUUUGAGAAAGCAAUGCACUGGUAUGAAUCCACUCUAAAGCUCCAGCCAGAGUUCGGACCUGCCAAAGACCGUCUUCGUACCAUCCAGUGCUACCUUCUGACUAAGAGGGACAGGCGAGCUCCAUAAAGACGCACACACUGGCACAUACACGCGCACACAUACAUGCAGCUCUAUUUUAAAAAAUAGUGGGGAAGUCUUUAGCUCUGUCUGUGUUUAUUUUUGCCGCAUAUCAUCCAGGGUUUCAGUUGAACAGGGCAGUUUCAGAAUGGAUCAGUGGAUCCUUUUUUAUUUAUUUUAUGGUGUCAGAGUUUUAUGUUGGACAGAUUUUCUUUUCUUUUUGUUUUUUUUUUUUAAACAAAACCUGACAAAAUUUGAACGUGAUCCAGAUGUUUGCAAGACACGGUUCUACUCCUGAACAUAGUGCUAACACAUUCAGCUACUAAUUCUUGCAUCAUGACAGUUCAAGUCAAAAAUAUUCCCAUUCGGUUGUUGGAAAGGAACGAUUUGAGGCAUAAACAGCAGCAGGAAGGGGUUGAGUGAAAUAUAUUAGUCCUUGCAAAGGAAUAAUGUGAAUAACCGUAACUCAUGGCUACGUCAUCGCUUGUUUACCGCAGUGCAUUAUGGACGAUAAUGGGGUCAGCUCCGCUAUAUUGUUUACUUUCGCCUUUGUUAAGCACUGCAUUGUUCUGUCUGGUUUUAACCAUGCCUAAAGUGAAUUGCUGUGUGCUUUACUGUGUCUCCACAACAAAGAGAACACCUAAUUUGAGCUUUUAUCAGCUGCCAGUCGAGAAGAGGAGAAGAAAGAAAUGGAUAAGUUUAAUCCACAACAAAAACCUUUGAGCUGAAUUGAAAGCUUACAUUUCUCUGGUGGGAAAAAGACGGACUUAAACUGUGACCCAGCAAUAUUUCCAUGGUCUGCGGAACGGCCUUUGGUUAUAGAAGAUUGGAACAGUCGACCCUGUUCAUUGUCUGAAACUAGUGAUAUUCCAAAGCCUGUAAAACAAAGAAGUAUUCUUCGGCCUUUGUCUCUCAAGCACUUGGCAGCCGAACGAGCCUGUUGGACCGAUUAAAACUCCCAAACCGCCAAAGGUUCUCUUUUGGGUAUGUAUAAUGUUCAGUGUACCUCACUAGCAACAUUUAUUGAAGAAAAUGCAUUUAUAUUGAACAUGACACGGCAGAUCAGCGGGGUUCCGAAUAAUUUUUUUUUUUUUUUUUUUAAUUUUGUUUCCUGAUAUCAAGUUUUCUUGAACUAAUCACUCAUUUAUAAAUGUUUUGAUAAGACAUUCUGAGAUUUUGAUGUUGUCGUUGUACAGUGUGGUAGACUCGGUCUAGACUCUUACCUUCUCACCGAGCUUGAUUUAGAUUCCGAUUUUCCUGCUGUAAACCCUCGACAAGUUAUCCACCUCUUUAAAUCACCUCUUUAAAUCACCAAUUUCAUCGUCUUCCAUGACCGAGCACGGCAAAAUCGCUCCUCUCACAUCACUCUCACGUAAAAUUAUUCUAACAUCCACUAUGUUGCCCAAUUACCGACCCUGGCGAUCCCCCAUAAUGCAUUGCAAUAAACAAGUGAUGACGUAGGUAUGCUUGAGGGCUAUUGAAAUAGAUAUUCAGCACCAACAUGAUGAGUGUACAGUAAACGGACGUGUUUUUAAGUUUUAGUUUUAUACCAUCGGGAUACAAGGAAGAUUAAACCAGAAAAUAAACGUGUCCUCACAUGUACUACUGUGUUCUACUAAUAAAACAGACUUGUUUAAUUCUUCUACACUGAAUUAGGCAAUACCAGUGGAUCUUAACCAAUCUGAUGAUAGCAGCUUGACAUGCUUUUAAGCCAGAUUAUUUUUAAGUAUUUUAAUUGCUCAGCUUACUAAGAAAACAUUGUCUCUGGGUGGAUUUUUGGACCAUAUUCAUUUCAAUAUGACUGUAAUUACACUUAUACACUACCAUUGUUUUUAAAAAAAAACAACAAUUUAAAAGAAGCUUAAUAAACUCGUGUCAGUAAUCCAUAAAGAAUUCAUCAUUUACAGUGCCAAUUUUUUAUUUUUUGAGUACACAGUAAUAUCCUUUCAUACACCAUCAUCUCAGCGUGUUGCAUUUUAUUAUAGUAUGACUGACUGAAUGUGCUUAUAAUUGUUCUGGGAUUUUGUUUUUUUUUAAGUCAGAAUCAUCCUUGAAAUUCAUGAUGAACAUUCGCCCGAAUCCUGCACACGCACAUAUGUGUUUGUAAAAUGUAAUCCAGACUUCCAUGACUUCUCUCUUUUCAUCAAAUAAUGUUACUGGUCUUAAUUAAUUCAUAAACACACACUGUUGGUGAUAACAACUAUGAUGAUAAUGAUGAUAAUAAUAAAAGUAAUAUUGUCCAUCACAAGUGGUUUAGGUGAACCUGAAACAGGGUUAUCUUAAUUCUGAAAGACAGAUGGAAUAUUUUAUGGGGUUUUUUUGUUGUUUUUUUUCUUUUCUGAAUCCUGUGAUGGAAGAUUUAAGAUCAUCCUCUUGAGGGAUGGGGGAACUUUAAAAUAAGUAAAUAAAAUACAUUUAAGGACA